CGGCAGUAGAUGGCAAAUUCCUUGACUUUGAAAAGAUCUUUUGAUUCUUCAAAAUGUCAGAGAGGCCAAUUUUUGAUCCUUUCGGGGAAAAUAAGCCAGAGCCCAGUGUGUCCAGGCAUCCCCAUGCUUCGCCCUUCUCUCUGGGCAAUCGUGAGCUCACCACUGUGUCCCUGAAAGUGGCAGAGGAUAGCCCGCUAUGCCACAAGCCCAGAGUGACCCUCUCCACCCAGCGCAGCAGUGCCCGCUUCGGAGCACCCAGCCACAGCCCCUUCUUCUGUAGGAACAACCCCCACCCACAGAGGGUCAGGCACAUCAAGGGUAUCAAUGACAAACAAAUCUGUGUUGUCAAUGAUGUCACCUUUGGCCAGAUGCCCCAGUACUGCUUGGGCAGGGUUCUGACCCCUGAGAAUAAUCUGGUGUUGCAGUCAAACAUGCCAACGGCGGCCAUCGGCACCAACAGCACUUACCUCCCUUUUGACGACCUCACGGGCCUCCAGUUCUUCCCCCUGAAGCAGAUGGAUUCCCCCUCUCUGAGGUUACAUGCACCUGCAUCCAGCUGUAUUCCCGUGGAGUACUAA